CCACAGAACAUACAGCAUACAGUCCAGUGGAAAAUUGCAGUUGCAAAAUAAGAAGUGAAGCUCAAAAAUUUAAACUCAUUCGCAUUUUUAAAUUGUGUUUACUGCGUUUUUCGAAAGAAAAAACUUUUGUUAUCAAGAUGUGGUACUUCAAAUGCAGCUGGGCUAUUUUAAUAUUCCUGGUGCUCUUCACUCUUGUGAGAGGCUCUUGUCUGGAAUAUGGACACUCUUGCUGGGGUGCACAUGGCAAGCGUUCGGGCAAUAGAGCAGCAAUUGCAGCUAAGCAGCCCUACGUCAAUAAACUAGCCGAACAGCUCUACAACAAUGGCAACGCUUUGGACGAUGACAACAGCAGCAACAACAAUAACAACAACAAUAACAAUAGCAAUAAAAAGUAUGACUUGCCGUUGACUUUAGGGGGCGCUGAGGAUAAUACGGAGAAUACGGCAACAAUGCCUGUAAUGGGCGCAGAGCAGCGUAAUCGCGAGUUUAAUGCUGCCAAAUGGACGCAGCUGCUGCGGCAGCAACGCUUUCAACUGCAGCAAUUACAGCGUCAGUUUGAUGCCAGCGAUGCUGCUGAUAGUUGGCGCAAGCUGCAACAAGCCAUGGCUGAGGCUGAGCAACAUCGACAGCAGCAACACCUGCCAAUGGCUGAAAUCUUUGAAGUGACUAAUUGAACUCUGAACGCGAUUGAUUAACUCACGCAUACACAUACACUAAAAAUACAUUAUAAACAAUUAAACGAUAUUUAUUGCAGAAUAUAAACGCUGAUCUGUGCUCUCAUCUGACAAUUGCAUGCUGCGCUCUAAUAAACGAAAAAUUACAAUUAAAAAUUGCAAAUUAUAAAUUGAUUAAAGCACGCAAAUUGCGCAUACGCCACGUGGGCGAAAGUACACAAAUCAGAAACAAGCCCCACUACUAUUGUAUUCACUAAGCAACAUUAAAUGUAAUACAAAACCUAAAGCUUUUAUUUAUUUAUGUCAAUUGUUUAU